UCGAGCGCGUGUCGAUGGGCGAGGAGGGCGACGUAUCGCCGCCCGAGUCGCCCUCGCUGUCCACCAAGUCUCCGCUCUCCUCGCCCUUGACGCCGGCGCAAAAGAUCCUCGCGGGCGGCGACGGCGCGGCGGCGAACGCGCCGACGGCCUUCAUCGCCUCGGGGGCGGGCAACGCGGACAAGGAGCGGCAGCGCGGCGGCAAGGGGGGCCGCGACGGCCUGAUUGCGAGGAUCGACGAGCUCGAGACGGAGGUGGACGAGCUACGCAACAAGCUCAAGGUGGCCGAGAUCAAGAAUGCGAGGGGCAGCAUGGGGCAGGCAGGCGCACUCGCGCCGCCUCCGCUCGCGCCGCCGCCGAUCGGAGGCGGCCCGCCUCCGCCGCCGCCCAUUCCGGGCGGCGUGCCGCCGCCGCCACCGCCGAUCGGUGGCGCCCGCCCGCCUCCGCCUCCUCCCAUUCCGGGGGGCGCGCCGCCGCCUCCGCCGCCGAUCGGUGGCGCCCGCCCGCCUCCGCCUCCCCCCAUUCCGGGGGGCGCGCCACCGCCUCCGCCGCCGAUCGGUGGCGCCCGCCCGCCUCCGCCUCCUCCCAUUCCGGGGGGCGUGCCUCCGCCUCCGCCGCCGAUCGGUGGCGCCCGCCCGCCUCCGCCUCCUCCCAUCCCCGGGGGAGCGCCGCCGCCUCCGCCGCCUAUGGGAGGAGCACGACCUCCGCCGCCGCCCCUGCCUGGGGGCCUGGCGCCCCCGCCUCCUCCCCCGAUGCCAGGCGCGCCGCGGCCCCCUGGCGCGCCGCCGCCCCCUCCGCCUCCCGGGGGCGCCCCUCGCCCGCCCGGCGGCCCGCCGAUGGCGCCGAUGGCGCCGGCGUACCCAAAGAAGGCGCCGGUCAAGCCGUCGCAGCCGAUGCGGCAGCUGCACUGGGGCAAGCUUCCGGACAUGAAGGUCAAGGGCACGCUGUGGGAGAAGGAGGUGGACGACUCAAAGGUCGCCAUCGACAAGGACGAGCUCGAGUCGCUCUUCGCGACCAAGCAGCCGGCCAAGGCGGGCGGCGCGGACGGCGAGAAGAAGGAGGACAAGAAGAAGAAGGGGCCCGAGAUGGCGAACUUGCUCGACGCAAAGACGUCGCAAAACACGGGCAUCGCGCGCGCGCGUAUCAAGCAGACCGAUGCGGAGCUCGCUGAGACGCUGCGCACGGGCGGCGAUGCGAUGGAUGCCGACACGCUCAGUUCGCUCCUUAGGAUCCUCCCCACCGAGGAGAACCUCGAGGCCGUCCGCGACUACGACGGGCCCGAGGAGUCGCUCUCGCAGGCCGAGAAGUUCAUGCGCGCCGUGGGGAAGGUUCCGCGGUACCAGCUGCGGGUCAAGUGCAUGCUCAUCCGCGCCACCUUCGACGAGAAGGUCGCCGAGAUCUCCGAGUCGGUCUCGCUCGUCGCGCAGGCCGUCAAGGAGGUUCGCACUUCGCCGGCGCUCAAGAAGGUGCUGCAGAUGACGCUCGCGCUGGGCAACUACCUCAACGGCGGCACAAACAAGGGCGCCGCGUGGGGCUUCAAGCUCGACACGCUCUCGAAGCUGUCCGGCACAAAGACGGUCGACAACAAGUCGACCCUCCUCCACUACAUCGCCGGCCUGCUCGCAAAGGAGGCGGAGAAGGGCAACUCCUCCGGCGGCGACGGCGAGGAGAAGACGACCGACGCGGUGCUCCUCCUCAAGCAGAUGCCCUCGCUCGAGCAGGCUCUGCGCGUGGUGUGGGUCGACGCGGGCGCGGACGUGUCGGCGCUGCGCGGCUCGCUCAAGCAGGUGGAGAACGCGGUGAGCAGCGACAAGGAGGAGUCCUUCAAGGCUGCGCUCGGGGACUUCCACUCGCGCGCGACCGCCGAGGAGAAGAAGCUCACCGAGGAGCACGCCGCCGCGGACAAGGGGUGCCUGGACCUCUGCGCGUGGCUGGCGGAGGAGGUCAAGGGCGGCAAGCUCGAGCCCGAGAAGGUCUUCGCGGCGCUGCACACCUUUGCGCUCGCGCUCGAGAAGGCGCACGCCUUCAACGUCGAGGCGGUCGAGAAGGAGGCCAAGAAGAAGCGGAUGGAGGCGGCCGCCAAGGCGCGCGAGGAGGAGAUGGCAGCGCGCAAGCUCUCCAAGGCGUCUUCGGGCGGUAGCGCCGCCGCCGAGCCCCCCGGCGGCGGCCGCCGAGCUCUCGAGCAGGACGGAUCGCGACCACUCCCCGAACACCGGGGCCUCGCCCAAGGCGUCGCCGGUGGCGGCGCGGAGCAAGAGGAAAGGGCUGCUCGGAGGGAUCCGCAACCGGUCCAAGACAGGAUAGCUGUAAUGACUCGCAGGGUCCAGGUAGUAGAGAGCAGGUGUCGGUCAUGUUGAGUCGCUUGCUGCGGGGGUGAAACUGAAAGAGUAGUGUCGCGUCGGUCGUUGUGAAAGUAAACGCGCGAC